UAUGUCAGAGUUUAUAUGUGUAUAGUUUAUACCGUUUGGUCGUUAUAAGACCAGCAAAAUGCUGCCUUUCGUAUUGGUACUACUCGCUGCGCAGAGUGCAUUCGCUGCACCUUCCAAUGCUGCCGUCACCUUCUACAGCGUAAAUGAAGUUGGCUCCGUUCCAGACAAUGGCGGACUCAUAAACAGCUACGUAGUGUCAGGCCCCGUUGACUACUUAGACGGAGGAUCCAUCCCAUUGUACGCUCAGAUGCUACUCCAGAUCCUAAACGACUUAGCUAACAGCCCCAACCCAGUGAACAAAGCCACCGCCGUCAUCCAGACCAUCGCCGCCCUUGGAGAACUAUCCCACGGUACCUCUGGCGACUCUUGUGAAGCUGCUGGUCUCAUCAACGCAUACGCCUACUCAGCUAAAUCAGGCAACAAAUCGGGUCUCCGUCAAGCCAUUGGAAAAUUCGUAGCCCGUCUCUCCAACAACAUUGACUCCAUUACCCAAUUGAUUGUCAACCCCAACGCUGUCCGUUACUCGGUUGGCCCCCGUGGAAGCUGCAUUGGUGGUGGAAGAACCUACCAAUUCGAAGAAUCUUGGGAUGCCAUCUUAAGCAAUGCUGGACCAGCUCAAUCUGCGCUCUUGAACGAAGAAUACUGCGUGUCUAGACGUAUGUACAACGCUUUCAACGUCAGAAGCAACAACGUCGCUGCCGGCGUCACCGCAGCCGCUAUUCCUCAAGUCACCAGGCUUGCCCAGUACUCGCUCCAACCUUUAGCUCAGUUCUUAAGAGCCGUCGCCUCUGGAGCAAACCCUACUCAACAAGCUUCUGCGGCUAAAGCUGGACUUCUCCAAGCUGUUAACAAGAUCGAACUGUAAGCUCCCUUAUUAUAUAGUAUGACCAGAAAUAAUUUUCAAAAAUAAAAUAGAUCAUCAUACCAUUCCAUAUAUAUUUCAGUAUAUUGUUUGUAAAUAUAACUAUUUAUGUAAACAACGACCCGGCUUUUAUUUGUGACACUGAGUAAAUAAAGAUGUACCACCCGC